UCUAGUCCUGCACAAGACUUUUCACAGCCCAUGCGCUUAACAUUAUUCUCUACUUUGAUGCGAAUAUUCUCUUUACCACUCUGAAUGAACACUGGACAAGCUAAACCGAACACAUCUGCUGUGUGUAUCUUAGAACCUCUGAAUCGAUUCAUCAGUGCAGAUCUAACAAUCUGCGAAAGCGCCACAGAGCGCAUUGUGCUGAGAUCGUGGAAAGCCGAUCGCGUCCCGGUAGCGCAGCGGCAGUACAGGAAGGAGCUAGUUAUGCUGUUUCUCUUGGCUUGAAGCAUUUCUGCUGCGUCGCUGUCCGUGACAUUGCGUCUUGUCAGAGCGGGUCGUAGAGCCACCGGUGGAACGCGAAGAUGGCGGAGAACGCUGUCAAUGAUGCUACCAAUACAACGACAGCUGCUAAAGUAAUGACAUCACCUUUAACUCCAGAAAAGAGACCUCAGAGCAAUGGUCACACCUCGCCAACUUACCAGAAAACCAACCUUGACAGCCCUUCUAUGAAACAAAGUACCGCUGAUGCAAUGAACCCACCCACUAUCACAGAAAAGAAACCUCAGACCAAUGGGCAUGCUUCACCUUCUCGCCAUCUGGCCAAUACCAAUGCAAAUGCAGGUAAACAAUAUGUGGAAGGCUAUUUGAAGACGGAUGAUAGGAUGAGGCUUGCCAAAGAGAGACGCGAAGAGAGGGAGAAGAGUUUGGCUGCACGGGAGCAAGCUAUAAAGGAGAAGGAGAGGCGGGCACAGCUGCAGUAUGAGAAGACGGUAGAAGAGCGAUGGAAGCGAUUGGAGGAACAGAGACAGAAGGAGGAGUUUCGCAGAGCAGCGGUGGAGGAGAAGAGGAGACAGCAACUAGAGGAGGAGAAGGAGCGUCUGGAGGCUCUUAUGAAAAGGUCACUGGAGCGGAGCCUGCAGCUGGAGAACAGGAAUAGACGCUGGGCCUGGGGUCCCAAUGGCCCCAAUCAAGGUGACUGGGAGAAUGCCCCGCCUCCUCUCUCUGCUGCCUCUGCCCUCUCCCAUGACCUCGCUGCCCCCUCUCCUGCUGCCAUCGAAUCAGGCAACGUGCCCUCCAGUCCCCACAGGUCACCAUACCGAGGGUCACCCAACUACCGCAGAACCAAUGCAAUGCCAUCAGAGGAGUCCAGUGGAGCUAUCAGUGCCCCUAAUACGCCUAAGAAGGAGAGCAUGCGUAGAGAAAGAAGAACUGGCUCUCCAGCUACAGGUUCACCAGUGAAGAGGGCUAAAUCUCCUUCUGAUGUCACUCUGAGCUCUACCUCACCUGCCACACCAAAGUUAUUGCCUAAGAGUCGUAAUCAGUCACCAUGUACAAUGCGGCAGUAUCCCCCGUCCCCUAUGAAACAUAGACCUGUUACACUUGUCAAUGACAGCGACAGGAAGACUGAAGACAAGGUAACAGACAAACAAACUGUGGAUGGCAAAUAUCAGGACAGGUCUGUCAAGGCUGAGGUCUAUCAGAGCAAAAGCCCAAACAAUGAAAGUUUGGCUAAGGCAGCAAAACUGGAGACAUCUGUUUCUAGUACACCAACUCCAGAGAGAAGAACACUGAAGAUAGAGAGCCCCAGUAGUGGUGCAAAGGAGAAGAAAAUUGUAGUUAUGGAAGAAAAAAAGAACGGCAAGAUGGAGACCCCCGAGAAAAAAAUCCUCAAAUCAAGCUGUAAUGAUGCGACUGCCGACAAGUGUGCAGAUCCUUCACCUGUGAACCAGGCUGGCAAAUUAGUUGCUGGAACGACAGAUGCUGAGGAGGCAUCACGUCUGCUUGCAGAGCGCAGACGUCUGAUCAGAGUUCUGAAAGAACAGGAGGAGAAACAACGCAGGAAACUGGAGGAGCAGGAGAGACUAAAAGCUGAGCAGCUUAAGAAGAAGCAGUCUGAGGAAAGAGCUCGACAGGAAGAAAAGGCUCGUCAAGCAGAGGAGGAGAAAUACAGACAACAACAGCAACAGAAGAAGUUAGAGCAGGAGGAGAAGAAAGAGAAAGAGAGAAAAGAAAAAGAGCUCCAGGCACAGAUGGAGAAAGAGAAAGAGGAGGCCGAGAGGCGUGCUCAGAAGGAUGCAGAGCAACGUCGUCAGGAGAGAGAACUUGUCAAACAACAGGAAGAACAGGAGAGACAACAGAGAAAAAAGAGAAUUGAUGAGAUAAUGAAGAGAACAAGGAAGAGUGACGAGAUGAAGAGAGAAGAUAGCCAGGAGCCUAGAUCUCCUGUCUCACCUCCAGGUGGUGUCCAUUUGACCUUAAAUGCAAGGGCUGAAGUCAACUCUCAGGCUAGCCUCAUGCUGACAACCACUGCUUCAAACAUGCAGGCAAAGGUUCAGUCACAUGGCCACUCUGACAAGCAUGAGAAACAGAGUAACACAGUAGUGAGGGAGGUACCUUCAAAUAUACCCACUCUCAAUGCACAGGAAGGUACUCAGUUAAAGCAGGAGAACAACUUAAACAAUGGAAAAAGCCAAACUAUCAUUCAGGUGGCCAGUAACCAAGCAAAACCACCGCUCACCGAACAAAUUAAUAGAGUGGCCACAGCUCAGGGACCCAAGAAGGGUAGCACUGUGAAGAAAUCGGACAUCUCUCAUGUAAACGGACAGAGUGUCCAGGGGAGCUUGACGGUAACUGUCCCACAAGCAAAGACUGUCACUCAGACUGGUGGACAUACAGUAACACAAGUUAAAUCAAAUGAGGCAGGGAAAAACAGCUCACCCUCUUGCUUGACCACAUUGCCAGAGACAAAACCUCCACUCCCUCUUAUUCAUCUGGACACUUUGGAAGGCAAGAGUGGAGUGGCUGAGGAUUGUUCAGAUGAAGUGCAGUUCAUGGAGGUUAGUCCUGUCUCAAAGGAGGAAUUAAUCUCCAUCCCAGAAUUCUCCCCAGUAGAUUCUCCCCAGCAGAAUGGAAUGAGUAUUGUGCGUGCUCUAGAGGACCUACUGGAUCUGACGGGGCAAGUUGCUUAUCCAAGACUUUCUCCUGUACCCAGCCUGGGUGACUGCAACAAGAAUCUAAUAGAAGGGAUCUGUAGCCCUGGCUCUGACUCUAAACUCAUUCCCACUAACCUUCCAACCACUGACAAACAUGACCUAAAAUAACCUGGUAACACGACAGAGAGUUCAUUGUUGCAGCAGACUGUGAGGAUCAAUCAUCUCUUUCAACAGAAAAGCAGAAAGGAGAAAAAAUGGAAAUAAAGGGGAAGACAGAAAAAAAUUUCUUUGUUGGGCAUGAGUGGAAUGGAAAUGCAUCCAUUGAGUUCUGAUCUUUUCAUUAUAAAUAAUAUUAUAUCCUCCUGCCUUCUAUCUAAACAGCACAAAGGUCAAGUUUUCAACCAAUUUAACAAAGAAUAUCUGGUUCAAUAUUAUGGACAGAAUUUAACUCAAGUGUGAAGUGUGCACUAUAUAUGCGUGUUUUGUGUGGAUAUUUGUUUAUAUACUAAUAAGGAUGGCCAACAAUUGCUAAGUAAAUUGGUAAGAUGGUUUGGACAUAAUACUUUGAAGGUCUCUUGGCAUCAUCAUUGCUGGAUGAAGACAGAACACUGAUUGGUUCUCUUACAUUUUUGGAAGUGAAUCUCAGAGGAUAUGAACUCUUUGUAGUUAAAAAUACAUGAUAAGAAGUACUCUUUAAACAACUUUCAUUGGUAACAGAGUUUUAUUCUAAAUAGUUUUGUUGAGUAAUUGUUUAGUAUAUUUAUUAUAAUUGCUGUGUAUUCUUUGCUCAACUGACUAAGAUUCCUUGUCUUGCAUCACACUUUACUGAACACCCGGUUUGCUAUAAAUGUUUGUACUGCAGUACAACUUCAUAGAAUUUUCUUUCACAAUCAUGUAUGGCCAGUGAUGCAUACAGUAUGCAUAAUAUAAAAAUUCAAGGCAGUAAGCCUAUUUUCAAGCCCUAGUUUACUAACAACUAACUUAAAUAUUAGUGUUAUAUGCUUCCUCCGGUUCCAUCACUGGAGCUAUCUUAUCAUGGUAGCUUCAGUCUAUUUCUCAGAACUUCUCUUUAACAAAUGUAAACCAAUUAUAUCAGUCCUGACUAUUCCUUGACAUCAAAAAAAGUAUUGUGGUCUAAAUCAAAUACCCAUUGGAAUGCAUUUACUUAAAACAUGUUAAUAGACUGUGGGUGUUCCAGGUGUACAUAUUGGUGGAUGGGUAUUUCUUGUGUAAUUGUUCUAUUUUGUGUGGAUGCACAAAAAAAGCUUACUUGAAAAACUAUAAUUAGUCUGCAGGGAACCUUUAAACCGGGUUAUAAGAGGGUAACUCCUAGUGUCUCCACUUCAGUCUUUAGAUUCACAAAGCAGUACAACAGUGACUUUAAAAUGCGAUAACUGUAAAUGAUGUGCAUGGUGGAAUGAGCAUCAAGUGAUAAUUAUAAAAAUCAACAAAUAAACUGUCUUUACCAGCUCAUGUGUCUUCUGUACAUGUUGGAAUAAGAUCUCUUGUCUCUGAAUUUCACUGCAGCACACUACAUUAUUGCAGAAUUUAAUUAUUUUACUUAAUUUUUGAACCCAAAGAACGAGUCAACUGCAUAUUUGACUUCAGUUAAAUUGUGAAUUGCACAAUAACACUGCCUGCUGUUUGGCCAUAUACUUCAUCUAGUAUUUUGGGUAUGACAUAAGUUCUUAUCUAUGAACACAUUUUUUUUUUUUUAUUUACUGAUCCUGUGUUAAAAAAUGAAUGCUUCAAGUUGAUGAUCUAUCACAGAGUGAAACCUUCACAGUAUGUAAUGUACA